UCCAGGGCCGUCGGAUAUGACGAUGAUCUUGUCCGGAUCCGGCGAGCAAGGCGGCCUUGCUGCUCCGAUGCUUCGUCUUGCAUCGGCUCUGCUACUCGUUGGAGUUCUCAUCGCCUCCGUUCCUGCAGGCGUGGAGUCCAUCGGCGCGUGCAACGGCGUGAUCGGCAGCGACCUCCCACCAGCCCACGACGUGGUGCAGCUCUACAAGUCCAACGGCAUCACCGCAAUGCGCUUCUACAACCCCCAACCCGAGCUCCUGGACGCGCUCCGCGGCUCCGGCAUCGCCGUGAUCCUCGGCACCGCGAACGCCGACGUGCCGCUCCUGGCAUCCAAACCGGGCUACGCGGCCUCCUGGGUCGCCACCAACGUGCAGCCAUACUACCCCUCCGUCAACAUCUCCUACAUCACCGUCGGCAACGAGAUCACGGGCGACCCGGCCUUCAAGUCCAGCAUCCUGCCGGCCAUGAAAAGCCUCCACUUCGCUCUCGCGGGCGCUCUGGGCGCCCGCGCCGCGGGCGGCAUCAAGGUGUCCACGGCGCUGCGGUUCGACGCGCUAGUGGACACUUUCCCCCCGUCCAAGGGCGCGUUCAAGGACGCCGAGACCAUGGUGCCGCUGGCGGGGUUCCUGGCGUCCACGGGCGCGCCGCUGCUGGCCGACGUGUACCCGUACUUCGCCUACAGGGACAAUCCCAAGGACAUUGCUCUCAGCUACGCCACGUUCCAGCCCGGGAGCACGCCGGUGAGGGACGACGGGAGCGGGCUGGUGUACACGACCUUGUUCGACGCCAUGGUGGACGCGUUGUACUCGGCGCUGGAGAAGGCCGGGGAGCCCGCCGUGAGAGUCGUCGUGUCCGAGUCCGGCUGGCCGUCGGCGGGCGGGUUCGGGGCGACCGUGGAGAAUGCCAGGGCUUAUAACCAGGGCUUGAUUGACCAUGUUGGCAAGGGGACGCCCAAGAGGCCUGGGGCGCCCGUGGAGGCGUAUAUUUUCUCCAUGUUCAACGAGAACCUGAAGCCCGGGGAUGAGACGGAGAGGCACUUUGGGCUGUUUUACCCCAGCAAAGCGCCGGUUUGCCCCAUCAGUUUCCAUGGGGUUCAGCAGCCAGCGGCAAAGCAACGCCAGCACGCUCCCCUGAAGAAAGGAGCCAAGAACCACACAAAUUACUAGUUGUGCGUAUAGCAUGGGUUUCGUAAAUAUUAUUAGAUCAUUUAGAUGUACUUUGUAUUGAGAACGAAAUGAAAUUGAAAUAAAGCCCUGAUCGAUCG